AUGGUUACUGGAUUCAUUAAUAGAAUAUCAACAAAGAGAGCUUUGUUCAUUUUCAUCGCAACCACUCUGGUAUUUAUACUCACACUGGUAGUUGACAACAGAGACAACUCAGGCUCAAGCUUUUCAAUUCAUCAAAUACCAUCAUCAACAACAAAAACAACAUCAAUACCAAGAAGACCAGAAGCGACCGGACGGUUUAUAAGAUCACAACCGUUCUACUAUGGCGUUGAUGGCCCACGUGAUCCAAGGUUUUACAAUAUCAUACCUGAGGAGGAAGCAUUGACGUUUCCACCAUGCAAAGAUAUAAAUCAAGCGGCUUCAACACAGUACUCAAAAGUAUCACUAGCAGACCAUUCCAAAGACACGUACGCUAUUGGUGAAACAAUACGAGCUGUUGUCACCUUGUACAACGGCUAUGGUAAACGCAAACAUUCCGGAGGAGAUCAGAUUAGAGCUACAAUCGAAAGCAACAUGUUCUUGGCGUCGGCUCCUUGCGUGGUUACAGACAACAGAGACGGGACUCAUGUGGUAUUUUGUGAAGCACUGUGGAGUGGCGAUUCAAAAAUAAACGUUUCACUAGCAUAUACAAGAGAGGUGAUAACACGGCUUUAUGGCAGAAAACUAAAGACUUUAUCACUUUUCCCGAUAUAUGGAACGUAUAUGAAAGGAAAUUACACGGAGGACACUCUUUGUCAUCCAAUCCAUAAAAAUCUUCUAACUUUAACCAAUUAUACAGAGAUUUGUGACUUAACUAGCCAGAACUCAGGAAUGCCAUUUUUCUGCGGGAGACCAAGCAAUGAAAACUUGUUGUGUGAAGACUUGCAGCUUUUGAUUGUGGAUCGAAACGGUUCUGUCAAAGAAUCUUUAACAGACUGUGAGAAGAAUCUGUUCCAAAGCGUACACCACAUAUUGGAAUCGAGUUUAACAGUUUUUGUUGCAAACAGGAUCGAAGAGAAUUAUGUGUCUGUGAUAGACAAACCGUCUAUACCUUGUUCACAGUACAAUGUUUCCCUAACUUGGCAUUCCAGAAGACCCACUGGCUUCUUUUAUGGCGGAAAAUGGAACUUACGUAAUUGUCUAGGUACAUCACAACAGCGUUUAAUGUCGUGUCUUCGGAACAGACGUUUAUAUUUGAUUGGCGAUUCAACAGUGAGGCAAUGGUAUACAGCUAUUGUUGACCGUUUUAAAUGUAAGAUUGCGAAUAAAGAUUUCUGGAAAUGUCCAAAAUGUCAGAGAAAGUCACAGUGUGUCAAUAAAGACAUUAAUUUCAAAACAGUAUGGCACCAGCAUGGUCAGCCAAACGUUAUGAAAACAGGAUGGUACACUAAUAACACUUGGUACUCCACGCCGUAUCAUAUAGACAACAUACCACGAGAAGAACGUGCUAUUGUAUUGAUACAUAUGUAUUUACAUGUGAAUAUCUACCAUAGUGAUGUUUUUAAGCAAAGGAUGCAAUUUAUUCGAAAAAGCAUCGAAAAGUAUUUAUCGCGAAGCAAACACUCCAAAGUCCUGAUUAAAGCACCACACACACAGUUUGAAAAUCCUUUGGGUGACUUCAAUGGCUACGUGUAUAGUAAGAUUUUAUUUGAUGUAUUUGACGGUUUACACGACAAAGUCGUGCUGCUAAAUAACAGAGAUGCAACUCAAGCUCAGCACGAGGUAUUGGCACAUCCUCGGGAAAAUAUAGUUAAUGCAAUGGUUGACCAGAUGAUGAGCUUUGUUUGUGAUUAGUCAAUAUUAGUAGUGAGGUUAUAGAUUUCUGUGGUUAGCUUGUUGUCUGUGCGUUCUAUUUUAAGUUACAUGAGCGACUUUGGUCGAAAAUAGUCCCCUAUCUUUAUUGAUAAAGUUUCAAAUUGCCUCUCCGGACAUGCUAUUCGGAACUCGCGUAACUGUAUUAGUUUCAAGGAAAUAAUCAAAACCUUGAAAUGUCUGAUGGUUGCGGGUUUUUGGUAAAUUUAUUUUCUGUUUAAAUGCCAGUCUAUGAAUAUACAUGAAUGAGAAAUAAGUACAAAUUUAAUAUGCCUCAUAUCUAAGAUGAACUUUUGUCUGACCUAGCUUGUGACGUAACCAUGGGCUGGAAAACCUUAUCAUUGAUAAAUCUUAUAUAAUCUAAAUGGUCAGUGUGAGUGGAUACAGGUUGAAUAAGAACUGCUUGUUCAUUGAUAAUUCAUCCGCAUUGUUCAUGAAUGGGACGAUUUUGUGUAGCACAUGUACAUGCCUUGAAUGUGA